ACGUUUCCUGGGAACAAGAGUACGGGGUGUGACAAAAUGGCUGCCUCCGUCCGUAGGUGAACUUCUUACGCAAAAGUCCUUCUACUUUUAGAGACAUUUCUCGUCCUUACGUCCAUUUUCGGCGAGUUCAGCGCUUGGGUGAGUCAGAGGAGGUUGUAUUUGGAAUCAGCAGUCUUCUGGGUUUCUUAGUCCAGAGGAGGCUCGGUGCGUGUACCCUGGGCAUGGAAAAGUACAGAACAGAGCCCUUCUUGUCAUCAACACAGAGACAUAACAGACUCUUGGGCCUUAAAUUUCUCAGAAAAAGCACUGAAACUGAAAGUCACAGAUGAGAAUUUCUGCAUGUGUUUGAGUCAUAUUGACAUCAUCUCAUAAGUUUUUAUUCCUUUUGCAUCAAAUUCUCAAAAGAAGCUGUUUUUUAAAAGCUACUUCAGAAAAGAAAACAUAACUUUUCUCCUGUUUCAUAAUCUAAUUACAUUGUAACAAAGUAAAGCCAUCUUGAGAUUUCACUACUGAUAGAAAUCAACAUUAACACAAGCAGGAUUUCCUUUCAACCAAUCGCUGUCCAGUUGCUAUGGAAACCAUGUCUGCCGAUCCGACCAACCAGAUCCGCAUCAUCGAGUGGAACGACAUGGACAAGCGGAAGUUUUACUCGUUCGGUUUGUUCCUUUCCAUGACGAUUCGCGUAACGGUCUACCCAACAACCCUCAUCAAAACCAGACUACAGAUACAGCGAGGAACUUCUCUGUAUAACGGCACGUUCGAUGCCUUUAUGAAGAUAACAAGACAAGAGGGUGCUAGAGGCCUGUAUAAAGGCUUUCUGGUGAAUAGUUUGUACUUGAUAUCAGGACAGAUGUAUAUCACGACCUACGAGGUCAGCAGACAGCAGCUGUCAGGGUACAGCAACUGGAUCAAGUCGCUCGUUGGCGGCGGAAUGGCGUCGCUCGUCGGAAUGAGCAUCUCCGUUCCGAUAGACGUCGUUUCGCAGCAUUUGAUGCUACAGGGACAGGGGAAAGACAGAAGGAAAAAGCUGCCGAAGGAACGAGUGACGUUUGGGAAAGCCCAGGCGGUGGUGAUCGAACUGUUCCGACGCGACGGCAUGGCGGGAUUUUAUCGUGGAUUCUUCGCCUCCAUGCUCACAACCAUUCCAAACAGCGCUCUGUGGUGGCCAUUCUACCAUUUCUAUGCUGAACAACUGGCGUCUGUUGCCCCGUCGUACCUCCCCCAUCUCAUGCUGCAGGCUGUUGCCGGACCGCUGGCGGCUGCAACGGCAAACACUCUCACCAACCCCAUGGACAUUGUCAGGGCCAGGUUACAGGUUGAAGGUGGAAAGUCCAUCGUGAAGAAGUUCAAACAGCUCUAUGUGGAGGAAGGACUCUGGGGAUUCUCCAAAGGACUGUCUGCACGAAUCAUUGGGUCCCUGCCGACUACAUUCGUUAUCGUUGUCGGCUACGAAACGCUGAAGAAACUGAGCCUACGGUCUGACCUAGUCCACACACGGCAGUGGUAGUAUAAUGCUGAGCACGUCGGCAGAACGUACUGUACCUGCGCGAAACCCAUAAUUUGUCAGACCUUCUCAUAAAAGUUUGUAUUUGCCUAUAUAAGGUUAACAUCCAGUCUGUAGUUUCCAAAUGUUAUGUCAGAAAAGAUAUCCUCUGUAACAGGCAAAAUUCUGAUGCAAUGGUGACCAAACAUCCAAUGAAAACCGUGAAAAAUCAGGGUUUUGUGCAGGCGCUGCACGUUCUACCAACAUGCUAUAAUGCUACAGGUUUACUUAGUAGUGUUGCACAAUGGUUGAUUUUUUGGCAAGGCCACAGGGGUGGAGCAGUUAGAUUAUUCAGACAAAGCAAAUUUAAUGGUGGAGAUCCUCUGUUUUGGCCAUGUAUUCAGGCAAUAUGUUAUGGUGUGCUUCAGUAAUAUGGAAGCAUUGUAUAGCUGAGCUGAUCUAGUGCUUAUGCUCUUUUAUAUUGUGGCUAGAGAGAGAACAUCAAGAGAACAUGUGUAGUAGAGACUCCAAUCUGGUAGAAUUAGCAACUCUUCUGAGAUCACGACCGGAGUAUCUGUCAACAAAGACUUAGAUCUGGAGCUCUGCAAUUCUACCAGAUUGUAGCUUCUACCCUGGCAUAUUUUACAUUUAUGUCUAUGUGCCAUAACCUUUUGGUCAUAGCGAACGAUCAUAUAUUGUACAUAAUGAUACAGAUUUUAUUGGGUGCAGUUAUAGAAAGAGGACCAAGCAGUAGCUUACGUACAGCUUAAUGUGGGAAUACAAAGAAGUUAGUUGCUACCAGAAUUGCUAUUUUCAAAAACAAGAGAUUAAUAAAAACAUAAAAUACACCUAAGAUUUUAUGUUCAUUCAGUGCGCAAUUCAGUUGAUUUUUAGCAUUUGGAUCAGUAUCUAUAACUAAUUAAAAAAUAGUGUACAUUCUUAACAUGUAUGUAAUUGCAAGAUGCCUAAAUAUGAACUUGUUUUGAGAUUUAGAAAACUGAUACAUUGGAUGAUAUGGUUGUUGCAGAUAACAGUUAAAAACUGUCGGAUUCAAGAUGAUGGUAAUAAAUUAUUAUUGGACUUUGAUACAAAAUAAUUUACUACAUGCUCAGGAUUGUAGUUAAAUCUUGUUUCUGACUUUUAGUCAUUGAAAUGUAUAAAGCUAAGACAUGUAGAUACCUUUGUUGGAAAUUCAUAUUGUGUAAUAUUUUAGUAAGAGUUUGUGAGCAUUUGUUUUGACAUGCUGAAAUACUUUUAUUUAGAUUUUAAUUGAAGAAAAAAUGUACUUCUAACUGUCUAAAGCAGUGUAACUGAAAGGCACCAGGACACCUAACAUUAAUUCAAGGAGGUGGAUAUAUAUUGUUCUGCUCAGUCUGGUCCAAUCCAAGCUGUGGACACAUUAUUAAGUAGUUCAGUACAGUUAUCCCUAAUGUGCCCUUGAUUCUGAUUGGUCAAUUGUACUAGUAUUACAUUAGAACUGGUCCAUGACCCCCUAGGUGUCUGUUCUCUCAAACUGAUGAUGGCGAGGCAAACAAAGAAUUAGCUCCCUGUAAAGUUCCAUGAUGAUAAUGUUAUUUUUAAAUGUCAGGUUAUGAUUUUUUGGUCAGUACAAUGUAUUUUUAUGUGUAGAUGGCAGUUUUUGUUAUUUCCCUGUUUUUCAUUAACUUUGUGGUGUAAUCUUUCAAUGCGUAAUAAAUUAAAGGUAUCAGAUAA